AUGCUGCGAUUGUCUGUCCGUCAGUCUAUGCCACUAUCUGCUGAUAGCUAGGUGUUACGGUGCUUGACUUUUUGUGGUGCCCUCACUUUUGUCUCUGACUGAUGACUGUGUCCGCUUGUCCACUCUAGUUCUGAAGCCCAUAGCGUUAGGUAUUGUGUGUGCUCUCUCCUACUUCACUCCAUCACAUCACCAUCAGCACCAAGGUCCCAGGCUAAUUCUGGUCGUUCUCUCACUAACAAAAAGUCGUGGCCCAUAGUGGAGUCCGGCAGCCGUCUGGGAUAACCGGGCAGCCCUGUUCAGGGAUGCGCUGCCUGCCCCCGCGAGGGGGAGGGGGCUAGAAAAGGUGCCCUUAAGAUCGCUGGGAACCACGCUGUCUGUAGGUUGGCCGUGGCUGCAGACAAAAAACACACGGUCGAAACAGCCAAAACCGAAACAACAACAACAAUCACUCUAUUCCUCUUCCAGCCUAUUCUUCUCCUUCUUCUUCUCCUACUCCUACUGUUCGCCGCCGCAGUCGCCGGACUGGCAGGGAGAGCCCGCUCACUCUGGCAGCCGGAAAUGUUCGUUCCCUUUUAGACAAUCCGAGGAGCAACCGACCGGAACGGAGGACUGCGCUAGUGGCACGAGAACUGGCGCGCUACAAGGUGGACAUCGCCGCAUUCAGCGAGGCCCGAUUCUCCGAACAAGGCCAACUGGAGGAGGUGGGUGCCGGUUACACCUUCUUCUGGAGUGGUCGACCCAGGGCAGAGCGACGAGACGCGGGCGUCACCUUCGCUAUCCGGAUCGACAUCGUGGGACAACUGCCCUGUUCGCCGCAGGGAAUCAACGACCGCCUGAUGAGCCUCCGCCUGCCUCUCCGGCGAGGAGGCAAUUUUGCCACCAUCAUCAGCGCCUACGCUCCUCCGAUGACCAGCCCCGACGCCGCAAGAGACAAAUUCUAUGAGGACCUGCACGCCCUCUUGGCGACUGUGCCGAAGGCGGACAAGUUGAUUGUCCUUGGUGACUUCAACGCCCGCGUCGGCACAGACCAUACUGCCUGGAGGGGAGUGCUGGGUCCUCACGGUCUCCGCGGUUCCAACGACAACGGCCUGCUUCUCCUGCGCACCUGCGCAGAACACCGCCUCAUCCUGACGAACACGUUCUUCUCUCUGCCGGAGCAAGAGAAGGCCACCUGGAGGCAUCCUCGGUCGCGUCAGUGGCACCUACUGGACUAUGUCCUCGUUCGGAGGCGAGAUCAGCGGGAUGUGCUGGUGACGAAGGCGAUCGCGGGUGCUGACGGGUGGACCGACCAUCGCCUCGUCAUCUCGAAGGUGCGUAUUCGCCUACAGCCUCGCAGGAGACCACAAGGUAAGCGAUCCCCAGGUAAGUUGAAUGUUGCUUUGUUGUCUUUGUCUGCUCACCAUCUUCAUUUCAGCAAUGAGCUAGCUCAACGGCUGAACAACCUUCCAAACGCUGCCGCCGACGACGCCGUCGCUGCCGAGAACGCCUCCGUGGAGAACCGCUGGUGUCAACUGCGAGACACGGUCCAGUCGACGGCGCUCGCCGUCCUCGAUCGCGCUCCCCGCUAA